UUUGUGGUGAUUCAGUGUUUGAGCCUCUUUACGAUACCAGUACUUCGACAAUAUCAUAAUGGUGAAGGAAGAGCCCAGCGAUACUUUGACGACUGCAGCUGACGACUAUGUUCUGGAUUCGGUGGACUCUUGCAAAGCAAUAAAAGUUGAAAUAUCGCCGAUUCAUGAAAUAUCAGCAGAACACGUAAAUAAAGAUGUGGCGUCGCAGGAAAGUUUGGAUGAAAAUGUUCGGAUAGAUUUUGAGUGCAAAGACGUUAAACUUCAACCGACUUCUUUAUGUGAUUAUCAAAAUUGCCAAUCGAUUGUAAAAAUAGAAAACGAAGAGCAGACCAAUGAUAUAACAGAAAAUAUAUUCAUUGAUUUUGAGUGCAAAAGUGUUAAACUUGAACAGACAUCUCGUCUGACAAUCAUUUGCAAGGCUAAAGAUAAAAGUUGUCAACCUAACGUUAAAAAAGAAAACCCAAAUCCGAAAAAUUACGUGAAUAACAAAAAGCUGGUAAUUUUGAUUAAAAAAGGAUUUAAUUAUGAUGAUAAUUGUCGAUUUUACAUGAGCUCUCGUUUCAAACGGUCCCAAUAUCUGAAGAUGAGAAAUUUUUAUGAAACUGCUGAAAAAAGAGCAUCAAAUAAGUCAAAAGUGUGUCAGAAAACUGAAUCAAGUCUAAAAAAACAUGUCAAUACAAAACUUAAAAGUAUUAGGCCGUAUAAAAACAAACCCUGGUAA